AUGGCUCUGGGAGGGGCCUUCAGCAUCUUUACGGCACUCUGUGUGUCUUGCCUGCUCAUCUUGAUCGCUUGGAAGAGAACCAGUAAGGGAGGGAAGCUGCCCCCUGGCCCCACACCAAUACCGUUUUUGGGGAACCUGUUACAAGUCCGCAUUGAUGCCGUAUUCCAAUCCUUCCUGAAGCUCCAGAAACAAUAUGGCUCUGUGUUCACUGUGUACUUUGGUCCAAGGCCAGUGGUUGUCCUGUGUGGGCACGAGGCUGUGAAGGAGGCUCUGGUAGACCAAGCAGAUGACUUCAGCGGCCGUGGUGAAAUGCCUACACUCGAGAAGAACUUCCAAGGUCAUGGUUUAGCUCUGUCCAAUGGAGAACGAUGGAAGGUUCUUCGGCGGUUUUCCCUGAUCAUCCUUCGAAACUUCGGGAUGGGAAAGCGGACCAUUGAGGAGCGGAUACAGGAGGAGGCUGGUUACCUACUGGAAGAAAUCCAUAAAGUCAAGGGAGCGCCCAUAGAUCCCACCUUCUACCUGAGCCGCACUGUGUCCAACGUCAUCUGUUCCAUUGUCUUUGGAAAACGCUUCGACUAUGAGGACGAAUGUUUCCAGAACCUGUUGAAGAUGAUCAAUGAGUCGUUUGUGGAGAUGAGCAAGCCCUGGGCACAGUUAUAUGACAUGUUCUGGGAAGUCAUGCAGUAUUUUCCAGGAAGUCACAACCACCUCUAUGACUUGAUAGAAGAGCUUAAGACCUUCAUUGCAUCCAGGGUCAAGAUCAAUGAAGCAUCCUUUGACCCCUCAAACCCUAGGGACUUCAUCGACUGCUUUCUCAUCAAGAUGUACCAGGAUAAAAGCGACCCCAACACAGAAUUCAACCUCAAGAACCUGGUCCUCACCACCCUUAAUCUCUUCUUUGCUGGCACAGAGACUGUGAGUUCCACCUUGCGCUAUGGAUUCUUGUUGAUGAUGAAGUAUCCCGAGGUGGAGGCCAAGGUUCACGAGGAGAUUAACCAGGUGAUUGGAACACACCGCAUGCCAGCAGUGGAGGACCGGGCCAAGAUGCCGUACACUGAUGCUGUCAUCCACGAGAUACAGAGAUUGACAGACAUCGUGCCCCUGGGUGUCCCCCAUAAUGUCAUACGGGACACUCAUUUCCGAGGCUACUUUCUGCCCAAGGGCACAGAUGUGUACCCACUGAUUGGCUCAGUCCUCAGAGAUCCCAAAUACUUCCGCUACCCCGAUGCUUUCUAUCCUCAACACUUCCUAGAUGAGCAGGGACGCUUCAAGAAGAAUGAUGCCUUUGUGGCCUUUUCCUCUGGAAAGCGCAUCUGCGUCGGGGAGGCCCUGGCCCGCAUGGAACUCUUCCUGUACUUCACCACCAUCCUUCAGAGGUUCUCCUUACGGUCUCUGGUGCCUCCUGCUGAUAUUGACAUCUCUCACAAGAUCUCAGGCUUUGGCAACAUCCCCCCCACCUAUGAGCUCUGCUUCAUGGCCCGCUGA